CCUUCUCAAUAUAGGGUAGUUUCGUUAGCUACAGCACAGCAUCCGUUUUGGGAUCUGGGUAGAGGGGGAGUUUUUGGGCGGAGGUGGCCCGUGUAUAAAUAGCGCGAACUCCGAUGUUGUGCGUAAACGCGGAGAGCGAUGGACAAAGCAGGAAAGCACUGAUCUCGGCUUCCAGCAUAAAAAGUGACUUGAUUUCAUAGAACAAAAUGGAAUGUGGUGGAUAUAGAUCCAAUGCAAAAAAAUGGCGUGAAGUUAUUUUUAAAACGUUGUCAAAUGUAAAGCGUUUUUAACCAACGACAAAUCUUUUCCUGCACCUGCGACGCACAGCACUCCUAAGCGGGUGAGGUGCCCUGCAGGUCCCAGAGGAUGAUUUGAGCUGCAGUUGCCAACAUUAUUCUUGAGAGGACGUUAGAAAAAAUGUACUGGAUUCGUCUGGACCCUUUGCGCAUUGCGUAAUUGACUGAGAAAUGUCUGUUAAAUAAGUUACGCAUAAUGCGGGGACCCGUCUUUGCAGGAAGGCGUUUAUCGCACAGUGUAUGUGAACUCGACAGGAACCAGGAUGGGAGUGGGUAAUGUGCUUGGGACAAGUCGACAGCGGAUGCUGGUGGUGCUCGGUUGGCUUGUUUUAUUUGGGACACGGAGCGGAGCAGUUUCUAGAUGUGUGGAACGUGCAUGUAGUCCCCCAAUAGGGAACCUAGCAAGUGGCAGGACGCUCCUAACCCUGUCAAACUGCUGUGGGAACAGCACCCUCCACCAACGCUUAUGUCCUUAUUCUUCUGCAACUCCAAAUCCCUGUCAAGAAGACAUUCACUCACCUGCUCUCAUGACUGAUGAUCCGUUCUUGCAUCCGGAUACCUGGUGGACAUCAAGUGGAGAUACCAGCAUGCUGGAACCACAGGAUGAGAUACAGCUGGAUCUGGAAACACAGUUCUGUCUGUCUCAUGUGGUUUUGGUGUUCAGAUCACCCCGGCCUGCUGCUAUGGCUAUUGAACGUUCAACUGACUUUGGAAAAACCUGGGAAGUUCUCAAGGUCUUUGCACAUAACUGUAGUGUGGAAUUUGGUUUGCCGGAUGACUUAACUCAGCAGGGCUCCUUCUGUACAUCCCGUUACUCGAACGGUCAUCCUUGCAGUGGAGGGGAGGUAAUAUUACGCACUCUAGACCCCAGUAGCACUGUAACACUGGACCCCUACAGCCCAGAGGCCCUCGUCCUCCUGACCAUCACAAAUCUCCGCAUCACACUGUUAAAAGCUCACACUUGUUCUGGACACUAUUCAGCAGAGACGACAAGCCCUACAGCCUCACCUCUGACCCCCACACCCAGUACAGAAAGCUCCCCUUCAGCACCAUAUGCUGUUUAUUCAUUACUGGCAAGAGGAACCUGCCUGUGUCAUGGCCAUGCUGAAUAUUGUGUACCAUACAACAGCAGUCAAGGAAAAACACAGGACAGUAACAUGGUGUUUGGAAGGUGUCUGUGUACCCACCACACAGAUGGGGAUCACUGUGAGAAGUGCUCCCCGCUCUACAAUGAUCGUCCCUGGAGGCCUGCCAAUGGCAGCAGUGGUCAGCAUAACCCAUGUCAGAAGUGUGAGUGCCACAACCACGCAGAUAGCUGCCACUUCUCUCAGCGGGCGUGGCUUUCCUCCAACAGAACCAGCGGUGGCGUCUGUGACAACUGUCAACAUAACACCAUCGGGCGCAGGUGCCAGCGCUGUCGCUACGGCUACCAUCGCCACCCAUCCCUGCCCCUCAAAUCCCCCCAUGCCUGCACACGCUGCUGGUGUGAUCCUCAGGGCUCUUUGCCUCCAGCUCCUGGAGAAGAUGGACCCUGGUGCCACCCAAAGAGUGGCCAGUGCCACUGUAAAUCUGGAAUAGGAGGCACAAGCUGCAGCCACUGCCUGCCGGGCUACUGGGAAUUUGGAGAAGAGGGCUGCAAACCCUGUGACUGCCCACACAGCUGUGAUCCAGCCACUGGGCAUUGUCAUGACAGCUACACAAAUAACCAAGUGUUAAAUGUGCCCAUUGGUGGAAAAAUACCAGAUGUGGAUCAUCUGUCCACUAUUGAAGAGGAGGUACAGUGGUCAAAGGAGCUAGCAGUCUCUGCUCUGCAUUAUACAGGGAAGUGCAAGUGUAAGGAGAAAAAGCUAAGGAGUGUGUCUGACCUGUGUAAGAACAGACAUGACUAUGUGAUGAGGGCGAGUGUGCUUUCUGCUCAUGACAAAGGAAGUCACGCAGAAGUGCAGAUCAAAGUCCGCAAGGUGCUCCGAUCAGGCCAGGUGGCGUUGCACUUGGGGACCAUUAGCAUCUACCCUCUGUCCUGGACCAGCCGUGGCUGCACCUGCCCUAUCCUAAACCCAGGUAUGCAAUACCUGCUCGCUGGCCCAGAGGAUCCCGGAACAGGCCGUUUGUUGGUCACUAUGCAGAGCGUAGCAGUGCCAUGGACACCUCGACUAGCUUUGUUAAUAUCAGAUGGGCUAAGGAAUGGGUGCCCAUGAUCUGAAAUAGCAAAGAGGAUUUAACCAGAUGCAUUAGUGGACAGUUCCAAAAAGGACUGAAAAAACCUGUCAGGAAUGUGGGAAUGACUAAAAAGUCAAACUUGUCAGGUUAGGUCCCAAAAGACAAGAAAAGCUGUAACGUGUUGGUGUGCAACACAAAAUACUGGAUAAAAUGUGGCUAUUUACUUUCUGACGUCUUGUACCUACCUACUUCCAUCAUAUCAGAUAUGGCUGCAAUGUUUUAAAAUUUCUGUAGGAACAGCGUAAAAGCAAUAAAGGGAGUCGUUUCACCGUUUAAAACAAGUUCUUAUUAAAUAUUAGUAAUAGGGUGUAGGCUUUGACACAAUGUCGCCUGGUUACAGUCUGCACAUGACCUUUUGUUGCUCAUCACCCUCCUCCUGCCAUCUCUCUCUCGUAGACUAAUAAAUGUAUUAAUUAUAUAUUAAUAUGAGGGAUGUUCUAUGUUUUCAUACAAGCAGAAAAACGAUAAAAACUGUUAGACAAAUGGUUUAAUCUGGACAUUUUUGUGAAAACACUUUCACACCUUUAAAGCCUGAAUGACACAGAGAGCUUGAAUAACCACAGGACAACUGACAACUCCAGACAGUCUUGAGACAAUAAACAUUUAUGCAGUCACAUUUAAAUUAAAGACC